AUGGAAAAGAGCGAAACGGAAUACGAUGUAAUCGUCGUCGGAGCGGGCAUCGGUGGCCUAAGUGCUGCGAAGACAUAUCUACAACUAGCGCCGCAAGCAAAUGUCUUGAUCUUCGAAUCUAGACCAACUCUCGGCGGCGUCUGGUGUGAACAAAACCUCUACGAAGGCCUCAAAACCAACAACUUACUCUCAACAUACGAGUUUAGCGAUUGGCCUAUGGAUCCGAAGAAAUACGAUGUCCAACCUGGAAAACAUAUUCCCGGAAAAGUCAUGUUUGAGUACUUAAACGACUAUGCUCGACAUUUCAACAUUUUCGACAAGAUCCCAUUUCGAACAGAAGUUCGCGAAGUCGAGAAAUUGGAAGAUGGCUGGCGCCUCACUGCCGAGUCGGAUGUGGGCGAUAAAGAUGGAGUUCUAAUCCGUGUCAGCAGCCCAUACAGAACGAAGAAAUUGAUCAUGGCCACUGGACUUGCGUCGAAACCUAACCCGGUGAGAAUACCUGGUGUGGAGGAUUUCGAUAAGCCGGUGCUGCAUCAUGGAGAUUUGAAAGACAGGGCGCAAGAGUUGGCGAAUGAUCCGAAUGUGAAGAAGGUGACGGUGAUAGGAGCUUCCAAGAUUGGAUAUGAUGCUGUUUUUCUGUUUGCGAGUCAUGGGAAGAAAGUGGAUUGGAUCGUGAGGAAGUCGGGAGGUGGUGCGGUGUGGAUGGCGCAGCCUUGGGUUAAGAUGGGGCCUUGGAAAGUUAUGCUGGAGCACAUUGCUUGCAUGCGAUUCUUUUCGUGGUUCUCACCUUGCAGCUGGGGCGACUAUGAUGGUUUUGGUUGGACUCGUGGGUUUCUGAACAGGACUCGGAUUGGACGAUGGCUGAUGGAUGGGCUAUGGGAGGGAAUCCGUUCGGAUGUGAUUGAUCUCGCAGGCUACAGGAAGGAAAAGGCAUUACAACAUCUCGAACCACCUGAGUCUCUCUUCUGGUCCGGAAGAGUAGGAAUCCACAACUACACUUCUGAUCACCACGACCUCAUCAGAUCCGGCCAAGUCACUCUCCACCACAAAGACAUCGCCCACCUUUCCUCCCCCGGCCGACUAACCUUCACCGACUCCUCCACCCUCUCCACCGACGCCCUCCUCGCCAUAACAGGCUGGCAACUCAACCCCACAAUCCAAUACCUCCCACCAAACCUCUCCUCCUCCCUCGGCAUCCCCAGCACGAACCCCUCCCAAUCCGAUCUAACCCUCUGGUCCACCCUCGAAACAAAAGCCGACGCUCAAAUCCUCUCGCAAUUCCCCCGUCUCGCAAACCAUCCAGUCCGCAAACUCCCUUACACUCAACCGACAACACCCUACCGCCUCUACCGCGGUCUCGCCCCACCAAACCUCACAUCCGCCAACGACCACUCCCUCGUCUAUUUAAAAACAGUCCACUGCACAUCCAACACCGUCCUCGCAGAAAUCCAAUCGCUCUGGACGUUCGCCUACCUGAACAAUUUUCCUCUCAAAAUCCCCUCUUCCUCCGAAGAAAUUUAUUAUUCAACAGCUUUACAUUCUCGUUUCGGAAAAUGGAGAUAUCCUUGGGGAUUUGCGCAGUGGUAUCCGGAAUUUGUGUAUGAUGCCGUACCGUAUUUUGAUAUGUUGUUACAUGAUUUGGGAUUGAGGAGGUGGGGGAAGAAGAGUUGGUGGAGGGAGGUUUGGGAGGGGUAUACGAUAAGGGAUUAUGAGGGGUUGGUGGAUGAGUGGAAGGGGAAGGAAGUAGAAGUGGGACGGUGGAGGAUGGGUGGUGGGGAGAAGAAGAUGGAGUGA